CCACACUAUCUUCACUCAAUUCAUACAUAAAAAUAUCAUAUCUCUCUCUUAUUAUUUCUUCUAUAUUAAACAAACUUGCUAGUGAUCAAACCAUCAAUCAUCAUCUAAUGGCUGUUGAAGCUUUGAAUUCUCCAACAACGGCAACUACACCUUUGUUUCGACAAGAUUCCGGCAACCAUCUAAAGUAUUUGGAAUCAUGGACUAAAGGAAAAAGAUCAAAAAGGCCACGUCAACCAACAGAAGAAGAGUAUCUUGCUUUCUGUCUUUUGUUACUAGCCCGUGAUGGGCGUGAUAAAACAGAAGAAUUAUCACGCCCACAUAAACGGGCUAGCUCACCACCUAUGAGUAUUGUCCCACCGCUACACUUACUUCAUAAGUGUAGCGUCUGUGACAAGGCUUUUGGGUCCUACCAAGCUCUUGGUGGACAUAAAGCCAGUCACAGAAAAAAUAACCCAGAUGAAGUCGAAAUUUUAUUUAAAGCUGGGGCUGAAACUGAACACGUGGUUGCACCAACAGCCACCACGUCAUCAAAUAGUGGGACACAUGGUGUGAUUAGUGGAAGAAGUCACGAGUGUAAUAUUUGUCACCGGUCAUUUGCGUCCGGACAAGCUUUAGGUGGACACAAACGACGUCACUAUGACGGAGUUAUCGGUGGCGGUGCUGCUCGUGCCGCCAGCGGUAUUACGUCAUCAGAAGGCGUUGGGUCUACCAAUAGUCAACGCGGGUUUGACCUCAACCUCCCAGCGAUGCCGGAAUUUUUUCCUGGAUUCAUCGACGAGGAGGUUGAAAGCCCGCACCCGGCGAAGAAGUCUAGACUUUCUCCAAAGUUAGAGAUAGUCACACAUCAUUAAAAAUUUUUAUAUUAGCUUAUUGCGUAUUUAAUUUAAUUUACCAUAUACAAUUAGUUUUUGGGUGUUUUAGGAAUUUACAUUAUUAAUUUCUAGGGGAUUUAUUAUUAAAAAUUUGUUAAGAGUAGGAUUCUUUGUACACAUAAGUAAUUCUGUGUAAAUAAUUGUUGAAUUUGAUGAAUAUGAAUUGGAUUGAUUGAUUUAUUUGUA